GUUAAAAAAAAAAAAUCUGGGAAAGUGAGAAAUCUACAAUCACCAACGAAUACUAGAAAGUUUCGAAGUGAGAAUGAGUGCAAGUAAUUUGGUAGCAGAUCAAGUGUGGAAGCAAAUUGAAUCUACACAAACUGUGAAUGAUGAUCAACUUUAUAUAUUACAUUUCUUAUUUGGUAAGAAUUUUGAGGGAGCUACUAGAAUAGUGGAUCAAAGAGGUGUUAAGAAGAUUUCUGGUGACCCUAGUGGAAGGUUUAUUUUUCAGGUUACAGGGGAAUCCAGGAAAAAAGACCAAUAUCUGUGUUUUGCUGAAAACUUUUGUGCCUGUUAUUCUUUCUUCUAUGAUGUUGUCAACAGAGGGGAGCAACUCUGUUGCAAACAUCAAUUAGCUGCAAGACUUGCUGCAUCAUUAGGAUCAUACGUCGAAGUCAAGGUAUCUGAUGAAGAAUUAGCUUUGUUGCUAUCUAAAAUAUAGCCCUUUUAUUUUUUAUUAAGAAAACAAAGACUUUGCUUUGUGGAAACUAGAUUAGACAAAAAGCACUUUGUUGCCAGUAAAAAGAGUGUGAAUAGAUUGGCUGUUGAAAUAGAAAAGCUGAAGCACCUAAAGCCAUCAGAAUUAGAUUGACUUUUUCUGUUAAUUGUUGAUGUGGAAUCUAGUACAGUGACUUAUCUUAAGUCCGUGAUCUGUUAUGGUUAUGCCUGUAUAAAAUUUCAAUUUCUUGAUUAUUAAUGGUUAUCUACUUUCUACACUACAUUUAA